CGCGACCGGGAUCGUCUCCUUUUUAUUCUCGCGGCCGUCCGAGAAAUGUACUGCGCGCGUACUCGCGAUUUAUUCCUCCGUUCCGACGAUGUGUGACGAAUAGGUGAUUAAAUAAAUAAUAUAUAGUUUGUGUUUUUUUUUUUUUUUAUAUACAGUUUUUUUUUAAACCGUUCGGUAAAUACGAAUAUUGAAAAAAAGCAAAAACCGCGGCGCAGAAAAACCCCGUACAUCAUCGUCGUAUGAUAUUAUUCUUUCGAUUUCCAUACAGACGCACGAGGUUAGUAUUGACUUAAACGCUAACUAUUUAACUUUACCAGUAACGUCGAUAUUGUAUUUUAUCUGGGUACAUAAUUAUAUCUAAAUGGGUGUUAUAUUAGUAUUGAUUUGUUAUCUUAUUAUCUUAUCUAUAGAUAAAUGUAAAUUAUUUAUUUGAGCCGUUAUCCGAGGGAUAAAAUAAAUAACCAAGCAAUUUAAAAUCGAUUAGAAAUAACAGGCUAAAUAUUAACAUUAAUAUGGCUUAUAAAUUAAUUUCUAAGUUAAAUCAAUCACGUCAGUCCUAUUGCACCACGGUAUACUUUAAGCACGUAGAUGGUUUUAUGAUAGGUAAUGAAUAACGUUUUAUUUAUUUCAAACUGAUUAUUAUUAUUAAUAUAUAUCAUCUUAAUUAUCUUCUGUUAUCUGUAUUAUCUUUAUUUAGACGUCUUACAAUAUAUCUUUGUACAGCACAUUUAGUAAUAUUCGAAUGACAUGAAAUAAUAACUUUUUCAAACGAUUUCCGAUGUCACUACUAAAAUGAUCUUUUAUAUAAAUACAUAAUAUACUAGUAAUACACAAGAUUUCGCAGGCGGUGUAUAAAUUCGUGUUUCCAACCUUUCUCUUCUAGGAAACCUUUCUUUUUUAGUGAAUAAAAAUCCUUUUUUUUCAAUACCUAUUAUCUUAUAAAUGGUAAACACUUUUUACUCCACGGUAAUUAAAAAUUCGAACCGUUUUAAUGGUUCCAACAGCUUUUAUAGAAAAAUUAAACUAAGGCGGUCUGAAUUGUCGAACAUAGGUAUAAGCAUACGAAUGUUGGUUGUCCCAUGAUACCUCGGAAAUUAUUUAAAUUUCAAUUUUUAUACACAAGGGCACACGUUCGAAUUCCAGACUUUUCACGAUUUUAUUUUAUCGCGACGCGUGCGCUCGACUACUUGUUGUGAGCGUAUUGAUCAAAACGACUAAAACGCUACGGCCGUUAGCUCGGGUGUUUCGGUAGUGCACUCGCGGUUUUCGAAAUAUUCGCCUGCUAUUAACCUAUCUAUUGAUCGAACAAUUAUUUAUCGUUUACGAAAACCCGGAUUGUAAUGUUAUUUGUUUUGUCGGAUGGUUAAAAAAUGUUAUACAUUUGUAUUCUGUUCAAUAAUUUAAAGUUUUUUUUUUUUUUUUUUAAUAAUCUUGUGUUAUAUGAUUCUUAAUAUUCUAUACAAAUUUCAACAAGCUCUCCAUUUUAUACUUUUAUUUUGAAACAAAAUUUUGGCGUUACAAAUGUUUUCUUAUGAAAAGUCGUUAAUUUCCAUAUUCUGUUGAGAUACGAUAUAAUUGUUUUCGUUACCGCUACUAUGAAUAAUAUCGUUUUUCGACGAAAAUUAUUAAAAAAUAGUAUUUAUUUAAAUUUAUAUAAACUUGAAAAACCAUAGAAAAUUAAUGACUCGUCAUUAGUAAACAUUGCAUCACCUACAACAAUAAUGUUUCGGAAUAAACGUAUAAAACAGCUAUUUUAGAUUUUUAGUUUUUUCGAGACAAAAAAAUACAAUAAAAUAGAAACAUAGCGCAAAGGCUCUAGAGAUUAUCAAAGCCUGACUACCUGACUACUAGUAAACUAGUUUAAAACUUAAAAUUUUCCUUAUUAAAAAAAAAAAUAACUUGACUAGUUAAAAAAAAACACGAAAGGUUUAUAGAAAACGAUUUGGUUAACAACUCAUUUAUUUUUUACAAUUUUAUGUUUUUAAUUUUUAAUUUUUAUUUUAAUUUUGAUAGUAGACUGAACUAUUUUAUAACUUAAAAAUAAGAGCAUUGUUUGUAAGACGGGUUUUUCCAAUACUUGAAUUUUCAAGAGAAAUUUAAACAUUUUUAAAUUGUGUUAUUUUGCUUACGAAUUAAAAUAACGAAAACAUCAACGUACAAACACAAAAAGGCAGAUACCUAAUAUUUUUCCUUUUAAGUUUAAUAAUAGGUUAACUCACACUUAUAUUAAAACUCACAAGCCAAAAUUUCAGUUUCUGUUGAACGCAAAUUUGCUAGGUCGUGCUUUUACAAAUGCAUACCUAUGUAGCGUUAUUUUACCUAAGUUAUUUUGUUAAAACUUUAGUUAAAUCUGAAGUUAUAUACGUAUUUCUUGUAAAAAAAAAAAUUAUUUUCACGGUAUUGUAUAUUAUUUUCGAUGUAUCAAAAGUAUAAAAAACAAAUUCACGAAACGGCGAUGUUACAAAAUAAUCACUAUAAAUGAUACCUAUUAAUUGUAAUUUUCGUUUAUGUGAUAGGUAUAAUGAAUUUGAAAAAAAUAAUAUUGUAAUGAUAUGCUAUUUAAGCUAAUAUAUAUAAUUAAAAUAAAAUAUAUAAUCAAUAUUAAGUAUUAGAUUAAAUUAUUAGUAUUAACCAGAUUAAGAUAACACAUUUACACACGCACACACACAUAGAUCUCCAAUUAUAAGGAGGCCGGCCACUUCUAAUAAACCCAUAGUGUAUGCAUUGUUCCCGUUGCUUUUGGACAGAUGAUCACAAGCGAGUGUAAAAAACUACGCAGAGAUUAUUACAAAAGCACGGGAACCUAGAACAGUGUUUUAUAUUGAAAAAAUUAAUAAAAAAGAAACAGUUGUUAUAUUAAAAAUCUUUUUAUUUACUACGGUCACCUUUAUCAAAUUCAACAGAUCAAUUUGCCGCCUGAAGAAGAAAGGUAAUCAAAUUUAUAAUNUAAUUAGGCUGGCUCCUCGCUUUAUUUUUGAAUUACAACAAUAUAUUCAUUUAUAAUAUAGUGAAGUGCCGAAAUCGGUUUAUAUAUUAUUACAAUAUAUAUAUAUAUAUAUAUAUAAUAUAAUAUAAUAUACGUUCUGACUCCGAUACUUCACACGGGUUUCGUUUGUGUAAUUGAAUGGCAUUACGUGAACUUCUCGCGUCGCUGUUGCCGCGUAACGUCCAGAUAAUAAAUCGGUGUAAUCCUCGUUCGAAAUCGGUUAGCGGCCGCGUCGUCGUCUAAAUAAUUACGCGUCGGUCGGUUAACUCAUUGGCACUACCUACUGUUUUCCCAUCGUUGAGACGCUAACAAAACAACAAAAAAAAAAAAAAAACAAACGACGACCGCCACCGCCACUAUCUCUCGUAUCCGUAUAAUUCGGACAGCGGCAGAACGCUCGUCCGUCCGACGUAAUGCGUAUUUUUUGUUUUGUUUUUAUUCUGUUAUUAUUGUUAUACCUGUUUUAUUGUACCGCGAAAAAAAAAUGAAAUACUAAUCGCCUCACACGAAUAUUAUCGUAAUAAUUCAGACUAUAUUUUAAAAAAUUCGUGUAAUCGCGAAUACGUAUUUGUAAAUACUUCACACACCGAAAACACUACACCACUAUUGUAUUCGGUAUAGAUAUCUGCAGUGGCGUCAUUUGCGAGAUGCAAAGGUACGCAAACGCAUCCCAUGUGCACAUUUAAAGUAUGUACAUGCAAAUAAUUUCAUAGAAUUUUCAGAAUAAUACAAUAAUUUUGUAAUAAAUUGUACACAAAUCGUUAUUAGCGCCGAUUUUGUUAUUGCCCAUUUUUUUUUUCUUCAUUCAAUUUAAUCUGAUUAGUAUCAGAAGACAUAAAUUAUUUAUUUAUUUAUUUAUUAUAAUUUGUAACGCCUAGACAGGCAUUUUGAACAAUAUUGGUAAAUGACAAGAUGAGAAUAAAGAAAAACAAAUACAAAUACACAGUGGUAACAAAGUUUACACACUAUAAAAUAUAAGAUUAAAUUAUUGAUUGGUUGGCUAGUCCUUGCAUUCUAUGAAUCAGGUGGUUAUGGCAGUAUGAAUUUGAGUGUGUUGGUAUGGCAAAUAGCUGGUUGCUUCUAGUGUUAAACGAUAGAACGCGUUAACAAAUCAAGGAAAGGAGAUACUAUGGAUAAUCUAUGUAUCCAUUAAGAAGGGAAGGAAUAAAAUUUAAAUCGGCUUCAAGGCGCUUGAUGGAUAGAGUAGGAAGUUUGAAUGUAUCAAGUAUAAGAGAAUAGUCGUGUGGAAGAUGCUGAAGCUUAAGAACGAAUGAAGCAUAUGAUAAAUAUUUGUUCUGGACGCGUUCCAACCUUAACUGGUCCUUCGCAAGAUAAGGUGUUAUACUAUUUCACCGUACUCUAAGAUUGAACGGAUCACGGCUAAUUAGAGAGUAUGGAGGCAUUUAGCAGAGUUAACACUUUUUGUUUUACGGUUAAUGAACCAUUAUACUUUUAAAGCUUUACAAACUUUAGCAUCAAUGUGCUGCUCAAAAUUUAGAGUGGAGAUGUAGAGUAUUCCAAUGUCUUUGAUGCGAGCUACUCGAUGGAGUAUGGUACUAUUCAAAGAGUAAUUAUAUAUUGCAAUGGAAAUCUACUCCUGCCGAAAGACAUUACAUUUAUCUACAUUAAAUGUCAGUCCGAGAUGAGUAACCCAAUAAUAAAAUAUUGGUAUUAUUGGUAUUAUUAUAUUAUUGGUAAUAUUGUAUUGGUUAUAUAAUAAUAUUAAAAACUAGUGAAUUUGUAAUUUAUUGUUAUUAUUAAAAAUAUAUAAUAUUCUGUACCUACCUAUACACUGUCAAAUGUAGUUUAAGCAAUUAACAGCAAUUAACAGAAUUAUUUAAUAGAUACCUACCUACCUUUAUUCAUACCCAAUUAAUUUAUGUUUAUUUAAAUUACCUAUAUACUAAGAUAUACUGAAAUAGGUUUUUAAAUAUUGUAGUUAUUACCUAUCAAUAAUAAAUAUUAAUAUGUUAUAAUUCAAAUUUUAUAUAGAAAUGUAUUCAUUCCGUCCUUUAUGUGGUACGUGAUUAAAGCAAGCGGCAUAUUGCAAUUGAAUUUUCAAUAUUCUUAUGCAUCCCGUUAAAACAUUUGAAAUGAUGCCAUAUUGAUGCUAAAUGAUCCAUACUUGAAGUUCGAAUAGAUAUGCUUAUUUCGAGUACCGAAACCACCAUGUUGAAAGUACUCAUAUUAUUUUAUACGAAUUCAAAAUGUCUACACAUCAAAAGUAGUUUAGAUAUUUUCAUAUUAUAUACGAACUAUCAACAAGACUCAGAAAACUAAAUAUUCACUUUACUUUAGAAGGCCGUUUAUUAUUUUGGAUUCUGAGCGUGGACAAUUUUUUAAAAUAUUCUGACCAUUCUUGAGCCAUUUAUAGGCAUAUAAGAUUUUAUAUUUUACAUUAUCUUUAAUAAACAUAUUGAGCAUGAUAUUAAAUAAAUUUUAAGGAAAUUAAUAAAACAUUACAACCAAAAAUUAAUUAUCAAGAACUAUUUAAGUUCCUAUUUAAGGUAACCUUUUUAAUAUUACUAGUCUUAAGAGAGAUAAAAUAUUCGGUUUUUAAUAUUUUGAUAGAAAAUAAGAUAACAAUUAAAGAUUUAUUGAAGAUUAGGCUAAAAGAUAACCUUCACUUAUCUAGAUAACAUAAUCCAAUUACUAAUUACAUACUACUACAUACUACAUUGAGAUGAUAGUAUUUUCCGUAUUUUCGAAUUCGAGAACCCAGACAAUUUUUAAAAAUACAAUAAAAACGUUCGUUGAUAUUCAAUACUCAAUAUUUGUUACGUAAACGGUCUUGGUGAGCAUAAUACAAUCGCGAAGAAUAUCAAAUUAAAAACAUGUACGCAAAUUGCAUCAUCUUUUGAUAACACGCAUGCGAAUACUCGUUUUUCCCGUUAAAUGUGCAAAAAUCGAAAACAAUAAUGUUAUACAGGAUUUAUGCAGCUAUUGCGCAAAUUUGCAUAAUAUUACGUUUUCCGUUCGCUAUACCGAUGUUAUUACGUGAACUUUAACAGAUAUAAUUAUUUAAAAACAUUUUAUAUUCUACAUAAAAAUGAUAGGAAUUAACUUAUGAAACAUUUUUUUAAGGUUUAUGACGGUUUUAGCUAUAGAGAUUUUCUACAAAAAAGUUUACAAUACUAUUAGUGCCUGGCAGUUUACAAAUUAUUGAACUAAUUAAAAUUGAAAGUUAUUUAUUAAUUAAUUUUAAAAUAAACUAAUAUAAUUCGAUUGUUAGAAUUUAAAUUGACAAAAUGUAUAAGAUGUGAUUUAACUUUUCUUGCAUUUCAUUUUAUUUAAAAUCAAUAAUUUAACUUAAUUGAAAUUAUCGAACUUAGCUAGAAGUGCCUAAAAUUAGAAGUGAUAAAAAAAAAUUUGAAAUAGAAUAAAGUUAAAAGUUUUGAUUUUAAUAUGUCGCUAAUCUAAAAUUAAUUUUUUUUUUUUAUCCUGAUGAAUUCAACUUGUCUAUUAUCUUAUCUAAUAUUAUUUAAAUAUAUGUUAUCUUUACAUUGUUCCAUUUUAAUUAUCUAGGUUUUAAAACUGGUAUCAUAUACGUUUUAUUCGUUUAUGUAUAUUUUACACGGAUUUCUGUGUCGGAAGUGGAAGAAAUAUUAAUAUGAUAAAACAGAACGUUCGGCAUAUUAAUAACAAAAAAACGUCUUGCCGGACGAACGUCCGAUGACUUUUUUGAACAAUUCUUAAUAUGAUUAUGUAAUAAGUAUUAUACUAUAGUCAUUGUACAGGAUGUCAUCGGUUCGUCGUAAUAUAGACAGUACAGACAGAUCGUAGAAAACUGGAGUUUUCUAGAAAAAUUGUGAGAUUCUGGUGGAAGUGAGAAUUAGUUGAAAAAUUUAAUUUCGUUCCCAAAAAACUUAUAGAAUCUAUAUUUUUUGAAUUGCUGAAAUUUUUUUUGGUUGCUUUUAAAAUUAAUUUUCCGAAAAUAAGUAAGUUUCAAAAUUGUAUGGGAUCGGGACAAAACCCUAGUUAUAUUUUUCUCCUGUAAAACGGACAAUUAGAAUAUACGAGAAAAUAGGCACAUGACACGACACGUGGCAUUCCGCUACGAUCCCUAGUGACUGGAAAGGUUUUUUUUAUUUUUUCAUAAAUUCGCAACAUUUUAUUAUAUUAUAUUUCAGAAGCCUUCGGUAUAAAAUGUCUUGUGUUCCUAUAAGCGUUUUUCUGCCGUACUGCACCGUUUAGCUGUAUGGAAAAAAUAAUUAUUGGCGAUAAAACGACAAACUCGUUAAAAUGUUAUAGUAUACUAUUAUAACGAUAUCAGCAAGCCAUCUAGAAAACUUCACCAAAGAGUACGUUAUAUCCAUAUUUGGAUAGUAAAGAUAUGAAUGAGCCAUCGUGCUAUUGUGCUCGUGUUCGAUCAGAGAGAAUGGCUUGUUACCAAUAAGGUUACGUAGUUACCGAAUCACAGUAUUCAAUAAACACAAUUUUAUCACUGACGUUUUUUGAAAACAAUUAACAAUAAUAACAUUCGUCAUCAUUUAUCAUUAUCAAAUACCCGGCAACCCUAUAUAGUUUAACUACUACUAACCAGUAACCACAUCAGUGAUAAUAACUAGUAACGUUCUUUUCCACGGCCCAUCUGUUUCUUUAUUAUUAAUAUGGUUAUUACGCGAUUGGUGGGCGGGUCACGUGCAUCCGUAUACAAUAUUCAUUUUUUUUUUUUUUUUUAACGUUACCUUCAUAUUAUUAUUUGGGUUUUCAUUGUUUGCGAGGUGAUUACAUAAUGAUGAAAAAAAAUGCGGAAUUCCGUUAACGGAGUAUAGGUCAAUCUAAAUAUUUAAUAAUGGUACACAGUAACCUCGUUAAUAAUAAUAUUUUGUUAUGUUGUAUUACAAAAUAUAAUAUUCGGGAUCGUGCUCCAUUUUAAACAUAACUUUUUUUAUAACAAUAUUCGAUAGUAUCGUUUUCGGGGGGCUGUUGCAGCAGUCGAACCCAACCGUUUAAAAAGUAUUACAUUUUGACAUUUUGAUGCGGAAUAUUAUGGAAUUUCAUCACACUACUUUUGGGAUACAAUGGCGUACUAAGCGUACAUUAAAAAUUAAUUAAGACGAACAAUACUAUACAUAUUAUACAUUAUACAACAAUAUUAUAUGCUUUGCUCGUAAAACAAAAUACUUUUUUUUAUCACCUCUACCGGGAUAUUUUGUAAUAAAUAUCCAGAGUGUUAACUCCCACUUCUCUAAAAAAAUUCCACAAGGAGACAUACCAAAUCUUUCCCUUGACAUUUAGACUUUCCCCAGUUAACAAUCUACCAACCAGUGAGAAUAUUUCCUACAAAAAAAUAUAAUAUCUUGUAAUAAAAUCAACUAAUUCAAUAAUUUAGAACCUUAUUUUUUCUAGUAGUCACAAAAUAAAUAAAAUCUUACUCAAAUAGACUUUAUUGUACGUUAAGUUGGGUACAAAAACCUCAUUAAAAAUUCCCUGCCUUUUUAAACACUUGUAUAAUUAUUCUCUUCGUGUAUGACGGUCCCAGAGCUCAGAAUUGUUUUCGAGUUUUAAAGAUACUUCUAAAAAAAAAUAACCGAUUGACAGUAGUGUAUAGAUUUUCACAAAGUCCCAAAAGUAUAUGGUCAAAGCGAUUUCAUCUCUUUACUAACAAUGCCGGUCGUCAAAAAUCUUUUGGAUUCAUAAAUUGUGUUUUGAUGAUGACGUCUAUUUCCGUAUUUUUCUAGAGUUUAUUGACCGCGUUUUUCAAUCUUUAGAACGUUCGUUACGCAAUUCAACGUGUGUAGGUCACGAUUUUUCUCGACGAAUAACUUCCAGACAUUAAAAAAUAAUCAUUGUUUUAAUACACGCGUGUGCUCGUUACUUAUUUUACGGUUAAGCACUGUAAUACUAUGCGUGGUGAUUAUUUUUUCAUUCUUUUAUUCGUACCGUGUUAAAAUCACGUUUAACAUGUCGCGCAUAGAUAUUCAUAAAAAAAAACAUCAUUUUUUAUUGUAUUAAACUCGAACCAAAUGCACAAACGUGUUUUCAACACGAAGCCUGAUAAUUCUGAUAACGUCUAAAAAAUUAACUAAUAUGUUUAGUUUUCAAUUAAGUAUUUCUUUUACUAAAUUUUAAUUUACUAAAAUUCAACUAAACGAAACUUCAUCACGAGACAACAGAAAUUUGUCUAAGGACAUACGGAUGCAUAUUGAAUAGACAAUAACGAUAUAUGUUCACGGGGGAUGUAAAAGGCGAGAAUAUAUAUGUGUAGUUGACCUCGCCUUCGCGAGAUAACGGCGAGUAGAGAAGAAAAUCUCUUUGUAUUGUACUCGUGAACAUUACAUUUUUAAAAUGAUUAUUUCUUGUUUUCAUUUUUUUUUUUUUUCAACGGAGUGUUUCGUUUUAUUUUCAGAGACAACCCUCACAGACAGACCGUGAAGAUGUUGUGGUCGUGGCUGGUCGUGUGCCUUCUGGCGGCUCUCGUAAAGGUAAGUCAAAAUGACAUAUACGAGUAUUAUAAAAUAUUAAAUAAAGUUCAAAAUUAAUUAAAAAUUCAAGUUUUCGUGGGUUAUUAUUAAAUUACUGACAAUAUAUAUAUAUAUAAUCAUUUCGGUGGUGUAAUGAACGAAAGAAAUGUGUUGUUACUGCUGAUAAGUUGAUGAGUGUGUUCCUGUUGUAGGUGAGAAUUUGAAAAAGUAGGAUACAUAAAGUUAUUGUUGACGUUAUUACUGACCAUUACUGAUGAAAUACGAUACAGAAAUAGCUUUGAAAUACUAUGAUUUUUGCAGUUUUUGUUAAAAUUUGAUCUUAAAAAGCUUAUAGAAAAACACUAAAUAAUAAUACAUUUAUUUUUUUACUGCUAAGUAUAACUCAUGAUGGCCUUGAGUAAAAUAUUUAAGAUAAAAAAUCGACAGAAAGUAUUACAAAUUUAACUAAGUCUAGAAAGGACUAAUAUAUAAGUAUUCUGUGAACAUUUUAGGUCUACGAUUAUUUUUAACCGAAUUAAAACAACAAAAUAAAAAAAAUAAGGAAAUCGUAAACUUAUAAUUUUGUACUAUGUUAUGUUCAUUUGUUUCCCAGUCAUUAAGAAAACUCCAAGAAAAUUAAAUAAUUAUCUCUUAUUACACCAACUAGAUACUAUUUUUUUUUACAGAAAAAAUCCUACACUUGAAUUUUGGAAUAAAAUUUCUGGUAGAAAAACAAAAUUAAAAAUAUUGUAACUUUUUACUACCUACAGUAAAUUUGUUCAUUUUUUUAAUUAUUAUAAAAACUGCUUGGAAAUUUAAAAAUAACUUCUUCAAUUCAAUUCAAAGUGGUAAAAAAAUGCUCUCGUGUCAUUUUUUUUGAUUGGAACAAAAAAAUAAAAUACUCGUCAUUGUAAAACCAAUAAAACCUAAAUAAAUAUUUAACAAUAAUAAUCUAAAAAAUAAAUACUCAGAGUUAUAGAUAGAAUAGAGUUAUUUAACUUAUAUCUGUACGUAACGAUAAAUCAUUAAACUGACAAGUAAAGAUUGUUACUUAAGUUUAGUUAAACCGCAUGUUUUGAAAUGCCACACGAUUUUCAUGAUAUUCAUUAAAAUUAAAAUUUAGAUGAACCUAUUGUUGGAUUGUUGAGUGUUUCUGCUAGACCAAAAAAAAUUGCAUUUACGUAAAAACAUAUUAAAAACGAAAUAAAUACAAAUAUUUCAAAUGGAUUACUACAUUCCGCGCUUCGUGGACAAUCCAAAAAAAAAAAUCAAACCAUUUAGAUAAUACAAAUUUACUAUUCAGACAAAUCGAAUUUCUUUUUAUGGAUAUAUUUUUAUAUUAUUAUUUAAUCGCAAGAAAUAAUGACAAUCGAUCAAUUAUCUGGGUAAACGACGAUGGUCGUGCACGUAAUACUACAUCGGGUCAAAGCUCAAGUCCGUCUUCCUCUCGCUGUCAAGCCACUUUCAGAGAUGUCUCUGCAAAGAAUACACGGCUGUAGUGUAAAAAAAAAAAAGCGGUUUAUAAUCAAUCAGUUCGAAAUGUCAAGGAUGUACACCCACGAUUGUUUCAAAAUCUCCACACUGAGACGUGUACAGAGUUUGUUCGCGUUCGUCGGGGUCGUUUUUCGUCCAAUUGUUUACGCGCGUUAUUUUUCCGUUAAAAUUUCACAAAACAAAACAAAAAAAAAAAAAAAAAAAUAACGACUUGAUUGAUCUAUCGAAGCGCGCGGUGUAUCCUCCCGGAACGAUGUUUUGUCUUUUCAUCUAUCGAUUGCCUUAUUUUUUCGAUCGUCAUCUCCCGUGUUUAGAGUAUCGAACGCGAAAAAAAAAAUCAUGUAUACUGCGAUACCACGACAAAAUCCAUUAAUGCUAAUUCCGAAUGAUAAUAACUAUACGAAUUAAUAAAAACGUUCCUAAUAGAUUAAUGUAUUCAAAACAUUUAAUUAACAUAAUAAUAUACUAAGUAUAAUAAUAUUAAUAAAUUUGCUAGAAAAAAUUUAAUUUGGUGUAUUUAAUUUAUUGAUGGUAUUUUAAAACAUUAUUUUCAUACAUACGUAUUCAAUCGCUUUUAAUUUUUUUUGACUUUGUUUUUGGUGUCCACCUGUAUUGUCCGAUGACAAUGUUUUUAAUCAAAUCGAAAACCGCCGUAAAUAAACACAAUGUGCAAUAUUAAUAAGUGAGGUAGGAGUACCUUAGUAAAUUAAUAUUUAUCCAAUACAAGAUUUGGUGCGCCUACUUAUAUUUUAUUAUAGCAUUUUCAAGGUGCGGUGGAAUAAUUACUCCAUAAAACCACCACCACUGUUGGAUCCGCCACUGCUUUCACUGCUCAAUAUUAUGCCGUUCCAAAUUUUCACUGCCACCAUUUCCAUAUGCUUCUCGGCCAUUAGCUAAUUCUUCGAAGUUUAUUAAAUUUUACUCUUAACAUGUACAUAUUAUCCACUUUGUUCAGUACCUAUGUACCAAUUUUCGUUGUAGACGUUCUAAAGUGGCCCAUUUCAAUCGGAGAUUCGUUAUUUUUUCGCAUUUCAAGUACUUUGGUUUUGUGUAAGCCUAGUAUAGCAGGCAGUAAAUUUUCUUUUUGAUUAGAAUAAAAUUUAGGGUUUGAACUGGAGGGGUGGAUGACUCUUAAAAGAAUUGUUGACUCACUGGAUUUCAGGAAGCACACCCGCAUGUGUUUAUUUUUCGAAAAUUGUCUAUUCUAUAAUACCGGUCUGUGUGAGGAGAUGCGAACAAAUAUCGUCAGGAAGCAUCUUCAGGUACACGACACUUUAAUUAAUUUUUUUGCACAGCGGGUACAACCGGACGAUUAGACGAGCGCAGUCACGACGUUGUAUAAUACGAGUAUUAUGCAUUAUUUAAAUUAGAUUAAGUAUGUUUUUUCUUUUUUUAUUUAACGGUUUCGUAUACAAAUAAGUAUGUAGGUACACGAGUUGUGAAUGUUAAUUAUUAUAAAAAAAACACGUAAUAUGGAUUUUCAUGUUUUUUACUGUACCGCGACAAACAAGUCUAGAGUGCUGCAGUUAUUUACUUAAUCAUAAUAAUAUUAUAAACGUUUUUAAAAAGCAUAAUAAUGCAAAACGGUUAUUCACUAUGGCGGCGAAACAGUCGCCAAAUAUUUCUUUCUAUUAUAAUAUACGAACGAGGCUACAAAAUUAUUAAUUUUUAGUUUGAGUUUACAAUUUAUUUUUUUUUUUUACAUUUAUUAUUCGGAAAAAGUUUUGUCGAGUUAUAUUUCUGUACAAAAUUCGUUAUUAAAAAUAAAUCCUCUCGCUUUUUUAUUUUUAUACUCGUUCGUUUGGGGAUUAACAUAAUAAUAUUUUCGUUUAAAACGAACUGUAAUUCUGAUUUUAAAUUUAAGAAGAGAAAAAAAAAUUAAUUAUUCAUAUUGUAUAUACUACAGAUCAAAGAAGACGAUUUCACAAAAAUAAAUACGUAUUAAUAAAACAAAUAAUAAAAAGAUAUUCGACGGUUUUUGAUUAAUUAAAAAAAAAAGUAAAAAAUAAAGGAAACGCUACAAAUUUCGAACACGAUUUUUCAAUUAUAUUCCAGUAUAUUAAUAUUUGAUUAAAUCGGUUACAGUGGCGCUGAAGUUUUUUAAUUUAUAGUUUUGAACAUAAAUACCAGAAAUCUCCUAGUAAAUAUUUUGUCAAUAAAUUAAAUAAUAAAUGCAUUAAAACGCUUUAAAAUACUGCUCGAUACUGCUCACUGGUAGGCAACUGUUGUAACGGAGAAGAUAUAGGAGAAGACGGGGAAGAUACAAAAGGGUAGUUUAAUAUAAGCGAAUGCGACGUUAAAUUAUUGCAAACGAAAAAAAAGAUUCCCAGCCGUGUAUAUAAUAUUAUUGAUAGCGAUUUCCCCUUGUUGUCAAUCUGGGGACGCAAAAAUCAACGGAAAUCAAACGUCAACGUUAGAAACCUAUUUAUUUAUAUGGGUGAACUGCUGAAGUAUUCGAAUACGCCGGGAGGCGGAGGAGGGAUCGAAAUAAAAUAGUUUUGAGACCGAGUUCAUAAUACGUAAUAAUUCGGACUGCGUCCCGUUAAAGUGAGAAAACUGCGUAGGUGUGCAACACAAUAACACUAUAAUAUAUAAACGUUUUAAUACGAUAAAAUAAAUACGAAAAAAAUAACGUAGGAUAAUAAGGAUGGGUGCAGCCACUGUUAUAGGUAAUUCAAUGUAUACCUGUAAGCAUGGAUAUAAACCAUUGCUUGCGAAAAAACGAUUCUGAGCAGAGUUUAAAAACUAAAUAGGCACUAUAUAUUUUCUUUAAUAAUAUUUGUUUAAUGUUGUACCGAUUUUCCUGGUCUUACCAGUUUUUCACAUUUGCUGAGAAAUCUCCGGGGAAAAUGGAAAACCCACCUCUUUAAAGUAUAUCCCCAGUGAAAUUUCCUUUCAGAAAUAUUGCUGUCAUUAAAAAUUGGAGCAAUAUUGCUGGUAGGAAAGUUGUCCGCAGAAAAAAAAAAUAAACAUCUUUGUAAAACCAUAAGUUUCUUCGCUCCAUUCAGAAUCUAAAACCCAAACUGAAAUACAGGCGUAUAAUACUGCGGUGCAAUGUUUUCUCGAUAACAAUGCGUCAUUAAACGUCAUAAGUCUCGGUAAAAGUGCCGCACCUCCACUCAUCGUGUUUUUUCGCGGGCCGUAAUUUUUAAUUUUAUUUUUAACGUAGGCAUCCGCGAUAAUACGCUCUGCUAGCGUACACAAUGAAACGUAUAGUACGUCUUGUACGGGCUCGGGUAGGCGAUUAUAAUAUUAUUAUUAUUAUCAUCAUUGUGCGAAACCUCCGAAUAUCACUAUCAUUAUUAUCGUUGUUGUUGUUACCUACACGCAUGUGUAUAUCGUAUAUAGCGCAUGCAUAUCGCAUAUUAAAAUAUCGAAGAAUCUCGGUUAUACAACUUUGUACUACGGUUACGGUUCAUCUCGAGACAAUGAUGAUUCGAGACCGGUCUGUGGCGUUUACACAUAGAUAUAACCGUAAUAUUAUUACGCACCUAUACGCGUUACAAAUUGUUACGAGAAUGACAUUAUCAAAACUCACCCGCCAAAUAAUUUUAAUAAUAUUUAAUCGUUAUUGUCGUUAUAUUAUGUUAUACGAUGGCGAUGUUGCGUUUAUUUGGCUUUCCACGAGCGCACUGCAACCUCCCAUAGUUCGGCCUCGCAUUUAACAGCAAUUUACAAUAACGGGGUCGUAUGGUUCAAAUUAUCUCCUUCUGGUUCAAACCUUCUACUGGCUUCGGCUCUUAACAUCGCUUGACUACAAACCCGUCGUCUGUCCCGGCUGCCAGUCUCCUGCGGGUUCUUUUCGUUGAGUUUUCGGAUCGGCUGCACCAAUGUUCUUUUUUUCUACGCGAUAUUUCCACCGUAAAGUCAGUCUCCCUAAACAACCUUUUCCUAUUAUAAGAUAUUAAAACACCCGUUUAACUAAAAAUUUCUGAUUAUGACAAACAUGGCACGAGCACAUGGCAGUCUUAUUUAACGAUCUCUUUAACGACAUCAAGCCUUUGGAACUGUAUUCGGACUUUACAUUAUUAUGCAAUCUUUUCAAAACAUUAGUUUGAACACAAAAUAUAAGGAUAUAAUAUAAUAUGUCUCCGAGAGCUUUUUUUUUGAAAACCGCUAAUAUAAAUCGUGUGGCUAUACUAAAACAAUUGUUUGUCAUAAUUGUAUGCACAUCGUUAACUGUAUUUCAUUGGAAAAGGCCUUUAAUUUAAGUACUUUUUAUUGUACGCAAAACUAUUCGUUAGUUGUAUUCUCAACGAUAUUCCCGUUAAUACGUCAUUUUCUUGUAUUAUUAUCGAUCUCAAAAAUUAAAAAUAUAUGGCACUUUUUGUGAACACAAGUACUACUACACAAAUAUUCUAGAAGAAAAAAAAAAUAUUGGUCAUUCAUAGAUCAAUGUUAUUGUAAAUGAGAUGUCAGCCGACAACAAGUGGGAAGCUCGGUUAACAGCAUAUUUUUAGGUUCGGACAUAGCAAUUAAAGCCUUUUUUUUUUUUUUAGUAUAAAAAUAAAAGGUUACGACCCAGACAUGGAAAAAAAUAUGUUAAUAAAAAAUUAUAGUUUUCUCGGUUUUUACUUAGAAUCUAAAAUAAACCUGCUUGAGCACGCAUAUAUCGAGGUCAAUUUAAAGACUAAUUUGUUUCGAAACUUAACUUUACGAAUUAUUUAAUAACAUAAUUCCAGCACAUAUUACCGUUGUCGUUUUUAUUAAAUUUAAAUUUUCCGAUUUGAAUAUUUUUGUCUGCGUACUUUUAGCUUUCUCGUUUUUUAUUUUUUUUUGAAUUCCGAGACUGUUCAUUUUCGUGACUGUAUUAAUUAUUUUCACAAUAGAGAAAAAAAAAUGCUCAAUAAGAAUAAUUUUUAUUGCCGACGGCACUUUGAAAUUUCUCACGUUUCAUAUCGUCUAAAGAACUAAAGAAUGAAAAAUAUUACAAUAAAUUAUUGAAUUUUAGAUUUACAUUGCUUAUGUGAAUACAUUAUUUUACAGUUUUCCGAACGCAAAAACGUCUUUAUAGUUAUUUCUAUAUCGUAUUCGAAUUUAAAACGUAAACUUACGUAUUACUUGUCCCGUUCGUGGAAAUUCAUGAAUUUUAACGUUGCUCCGACAUUAAUUUGUGUUAAAUUCAAAAAAGUCUCAACCACAUCCACCUACCCAUGAAUAAAUAAUUUCAAUUACGAUUACGAGUUAAAUUUUUUAAACCAACUUUAAAUAGGUAUCGAUAUUAAUUAUUAAAAUGAAAAAAAUCGUGAUGAAACGUCAACGGAAUGUAUAGGUACCAUGUAUGUUUUUUGUUCGCGUUUUGGAAUAUAUUAUUAUAUAAAUUAUCCAUAUAACUGGUAUGAUUUUUAUAAUAUAUAUUUAAUAUGUAUUUUUAAUAUAUUUGUAUAUUUAGAGUACAAUAUUAUUAUUCUGUUCUUCUUCUUCUUUUGUUGGCUUUUAUAUAACUAUUUAAGAGGUGUUUUAAGAGACGCCAAAUUAACAAAACGCAUCUUUCCAUAUUUCGAACAACGUCUCUUUAGACUUUUGUUUUUAGAUUCCUUGGGUCCUUUUCGGGAUGGUUAAUUCAUCUUUUUUCGGAUCUUUUACUAAUAGUUUUGUGUUUUCUCCCCUCUAUAACAACAUAAUAUUAGUACAAUACAAAAAAUAAUCAGUCGCGAUUUAUUAUUAAUGGAUCUUAUCACGAGCGGUCGUAGCAAAAGUGUGCGCACCGCCACCGGUCGUAGUACUCCGCAGGGCUUCUCUGAAACAUGUAAAAGUUUUUCACGAAAAUUCUAUUUUCGUAUUUUACUUAUAGAAGUUUGUUUAAAACUGUAAUUCAGAGGAAAAAAGAUUUAUGACGAGAAAAAGAAGUAGAAGAAUUUGAAAAAAAAAAUAAGUAUGUAAGUAAUACGAACAUAGUAAACAUCACCGUAAUAUAAUACUACAGUUACAAACACAAAUAAAAUAAACUAUAUUAAACCGAGGAUUAUAUUAUUAAAACUACGGAUUUUUGGAAAAUGUUUGAAUUUUAUCCUUAUAGCACCAACAAUAAUAAUAAUACUGUACAUACUUCCCGACUGAUAUAACUGCACAAAUGUUCACAAUUAUUUAAAGUGCCGCCGAACCAUACGCUUUAUUAUUAAACCACAUACCGUUUAUACCUACGAAUGGGUAAAUCAUUUUUAUGGUAAGGUACUCGUACAUGCAUUUAGAAAAUAUAUAAUAUAUAAAUUACACGUACGGAGAUAGAGAGAGGAAGAUGAGAGUUCUCUCUUGGGAUAGAAUUCAAUAUGGUAUACAUAAAUGUCGUCUUGGUCGAAGAAUAUUAUUUGCAUAUACCUACAGCGCCCUGAUGUAGUUGUAAUAAGUUAUAACAAAUAAGCAAAUAGUAAAACGGAAAAUAAUCACCGAAAAGCGUGAUAUUAUAUUAUAUUGUAUAAUCUAAUCUAAUCGGAAAAAGAUUAUUUAAACAUAAACGCAAGGGUAACAACGAGGCUAUAAAUACAUAUUAUUGAUAAUAAUCAGUAAGUAAAGUAAAUCGGAAUCAGUCCAUGCUACGACUGUGGUUUUUAUAUUACAUUAAUCGUACGAGUUCAAAGAAUAAAUCCAUUAAAUUCACAUGUUUAUAAGCAAUAUAAUCACUAAAUUGUGGAAGAGACAAUACGAAAGACGUAGAACACCAAGAGGACUAUUUGCGUUAAACAAAAUUAUUGGUAUUUAUUUAAUAAAAUAUUUAUCGAAGACAUAUAAUAAUAUUAUUUGAACAUAACGCUAUAAUAUAUGCAAAUGAAACCUACACAUAAUCAAUAUCAAAGAGAACAAAAGAUAUUAGGUACAUUUUAAUUAUAGUGUUGUGGGUGAACGUUUAAAAUAAACACUGAGGCCGGAACGAGUGGAUUUAUCAUAUGUUCAGACAUGUAGGUCGGUUAAAGGGAAGAACCAUAUAAAAAGGCUUAAGCUGAAAUAUUAUAAUAUAAAAUUACAGAUCAUGAAGAACUAAAGAUUCGAUUCCUACUUAGUACUGAAAAGAAAAGUGGACAAUGGAAAUGGAUGAAGUAAAGCUGUAAAGCAAUCUGAGAAUGAUGGCAAGAGACAGAGCAAAACAAUUUAUCAAACGGGGAAAAAAAUCACUAAGAAAAAUGAUUCAUUUAAAGUAAAAAAUUAUUCUCUACUGCGGAUAAUUAUUCAAACCGUAUUAAUUAUCUCAUCAUUAAGAUAAGUCUCAAAAUAUUUCUGAGGGGUGGGGACAUUCUUCGUCGAUAUUAUUUUACGGUCGCACGGAGCAGAAAUUAAUUUCUCUGUUGAUAGCGAAUCGCAAUUCGUAUACUAUUAUACGAGUAUAAUAAUUAAAAGAUAAGAGACAGUUGUGAAAAAAUAACCGGCAGACCUGAUUCUGGUCCGCGACGAUACGAUAACAAAUUAUUAUUCGCCUAUUAUUUUAUGAUAAUUUGUGUAUUGUUUGCCUGCUUGGUACCGGCGUUUGACCGUUAUUAUGCCUUAGUGGAUCCAAAAAAAAAAACUCGACCGAAGCCGUUUGAAGAGUUUGUAGAACAGACAAAUACACAAUGGUAUAAAUAUUAAUUAAUGGAUUUUCUCUAGUGUUGAAAAAUUGUUGAACUCACGAUAAUAUUAUGUUUUUCGACUAAAUUGUUUUAGUUUUUAUAUUUUUUUUUUUGUUUGGUCAGAUAUUUUUUAAGAGAAGAAGAAUUUCUCUGACCUGUAAUAUAAUGUAUAUAUUUUUAAUAGAUUAUCAAAUAUUUUGCUGCUAUACUUUAAUCGUAAAUUAGUUUUUUCUCUUGAGUACCCGAAAGACAUAAUUGGGUUUGUAAGAUACGUGAAUAAAACGUAUAUAAUGGUAAUAAUACAGGUAUACAUUUUUUUUUCUAUAGCACAAAUGCCAAGGAAAAAAAAUAUACAUGGAUAAUAUUAUAUAAAUACUUAUAUCUAUCAACUUUGUUACGACUUUUUUUGUGUCGCAUGUACCUAAUGUUGUAUUGGUAUUUCCAAUUGUGUGUUAAUGUGUUUUUCCAAUUUAUUUAUUUAUGUUCGUUUAUAUUUAUUUUAAUUCAAAUAUAUCUGAAUAAAAAAAGUAAAUACAUAAAUAAAAACAUUUCAUUUUAAAAUGAAUACCUUCUCAACUACGCAUCGAAGCUAAAAUAUUACUUAAAUUAAAAAAUUAAUAAAAAAAACCAAUGGACAUAUUUCACACGAUGGGCGUGUCACUAUUGUAGGUGUGAAAUCAGGAAGGUUGAGGGGAAAUUUAAUUUAUAUAUGUACGCAACGAUCAAUCAUUGCUAACGAAAAACGAUUCUGAGCAGUUUGUUUUGAAAGGUCGUAAUAUUUACAAUUUGAAAAAAUAAUAUAUUUUGUACGUUUUCCAGUUUUUUCUAUUUUUUCCCUUGGUUUUUUCGGUUUAUUAUGAAGACGCCUGAGAAGAUCAAAAAAUUACACUCUUGAAAUACUAUCCUAAUCAGAUUUCUUUUCAGAAAAAUUGUUUCACUUGAAAAUCGGAGCCAAGUUUAUGGUAGAAAAGUUGUUUACAGAAAAAAAAAAAUUAAACAUCAUUGUAAAACUAAUACAUUUCUCGUCCACUCAAAAUCUAAAAUAUAAAUUUAAUAAUUGUAUACUUACAAUAUAAUACGUGUUUUAUACCUGUUAUAAGUUCCAACCCAGCUACUGAUAAGUACUGUUAAGUUAUGAAUGUAUGUAACUUUAUUGAUGUAUAUUUUCUACUUGAGUAAAAAUUGUUCGUCGCCGUGAGUAUAAAUAUAUAUAUAUAUAUAUGGUAAACAAAAAAUAAGCGAAUUUACGAGUUCAAAGAGUCUUUGUUUGUGUAUUUCAACACGGGAGCUGGGUAUUUUCGUUUUCCAAACCCUUUUAUCAACUUAACCCAUAUAUUUUAUUAAAUCGUAUUAUAUCAUGUGAGUGCGUAGGUACCUAUAUAUUAUUAUAAUAUGCGUUUUUUACUCACUUUCGAAUAUUGUGCCGUUUCACAGCACAAUAAUCCAUUCCGUAACCCGAUACGCUUACUGGACCUCAGUACACGGCCUAUAAACUUCGAUGGUAAAGGAGACGAUCCCUUUUUUUAUGACACUCUUAUUACACGUUUUUAUAUAGAAAGCAGGGAAAUGGAAUGCUGCAAUGCUCUGUUGAAAUAGGACUACUUCUUGCCAUCUGGGAAUAAAAGAUCUCUAAAUUAUUAUUAAAAUAUUGAUAUUGAUGUAAUAAAUAAUUAUCAGUGAAAAAAAAAAAUGGAGUUUGCAGCGUUGUGUUUUUCGAUUUCCGUUAUAUCUGUAAACCGUUUCACUGAAAUAUAAUUAUUUUCUAUAUUCGUUGCUAAAUUUAAACGUGUUCUUUAGGAACCUACGUAUUUGAUACGUCAGAAUUUUAAUUCGGAAUAAUUCACCUAUAGGUAGUCUGCGAGUAAAUUUAAUUUUCAUUUAUCUGUAGAAAAGAUAAAUAAGAAAAAUAUAUAUAUCUAGAUAAUUUAUCUAUAAUAGACACCGCCAUAUUGGCGACAAACGAAAGUAACAGUAGAAGAAUCGUACGCGUGAACAUUCCGUGUGAUUAGUAUAUAGUUUUCUUAGUAUAUUGGUCAACGUUCCGCCGCGUUCGUUUCGUUUUAUUUUUAUUUUCAUCAAAAAACUGAAGUAAAUAAAAAGGACAAUAAAGCUAGUGUCUUUGUCACUGUUUUAAAAGUCGGGCUAUUUUUGUACGCGAUUUUCUAUAUGGACAGUGUUUUUUUCCGGAAGAAAAUUAUUUGUUUUUUUUUAAACGUGCGUAUUUCAAUAUAAUAUGACAUUCAACAAAUCAAAUUGUUUCUAUUAAAAAUAUUAAACAAGCAAUUACGAGUUCAAUGCAAUAUCAACGAUAAUGGUAAUUUAAUUAUUAUCACAGUAAACUUCUCAAAGACUCGGCGAGAAUGUCACCUUGUCGCUAUAAACUAUGUCCAUCUCGCAAUCGCUGAUUACAUAUUAAAAUGUAAUUAUAUGCUGCGGAGUGCGAGUGGAAAUAUCGUCAAAUUAUUAUUUUACAAAGGAACAAUUAUUAUACUAAUGUCAACAUUACAAAUUUCCUAUCUAUAAAUUAUCAGUUUUUAAGGAAUUUUUUGUUUUUAUACAUAUUAUAUUAGGUAAACUCUCUCACCUCGUGUACGGGUGUAUAAUAUUAUGUGCUCGUCUUCUUGGAAAUAUUUUUUUUUUCCAAAUAACAAAAUCUUAUUCAAUAAAUAGUAAUAAUUAUUGCCCGUUGUAAUUUAAUACCUAUCUCGUACAAUAUAAAUCCGUAUGCCGACGCGCAUAAUAAUAAUAUUAUAAUAGGUAUUACCUAAUAAAACUGGUUAUUCGUGUUGAUAUUCAGACAGUAUACACCGAUAUUAUAAAAUACGUAAACCUAUUUCUGAUAAAAAAAAAAUAAAAGUUCGUUUUAACUAAUAAUGUACGAUGCAGUUCUGACGGGGUGAACAUCACGGGCCAAGGUUACGCGUAUCGCGUUGAUCAAUUAUUUAAAAUAGGUAUGUUUUCACGUAUAGGCCCGUCUUCUUAUUUUUCUUCGUGUCGGCCGUCCGGUUUUUUUGAAUUAAAUUUUCUCGAUUUAUAAACCUACCAACCUAUCUAACCGUGUACAGUAUACAAAGUCGAUUUACAUUUUGCGUCGUAGAUGUCGUGUUGUUUAUUAUAGUCGUACGCCGCGAACAAUAAAUUAAAACUACGUACUUCUAUGUAUAGGUUUAUAUACGACUGCUGUGUCGCGGUCGAUUCACAACGGUCGGAGAUAAAAUAUCGUCAUCGGAAAAAUAUCCAGAGUGUAAAAUUCCAAAUCACGGGGAAAAAUAUAAGACAUAAACUAAACGGAACAGACGCUGAAAACGUGGGAGGGGCCCGUGGGAGGAGAGGGAGUCGACUAACAGUAAAGACGCGCGCAAUAAAUACGGAGAAAAGUUAAUUUCAGGUCUUCGGUGACAUUUUUUUAUAAAUCCACGGCUUUUGUGCUCGAUCCAAUUACUUAAUUGUUCCGUGUAUACAGAAUCAGUAACUCUCAUCCGUAAAAAUAAAACGCGGGCGGGAAUAACGAGGUGAAAACCACAAAACCAAGACUUGGCAAUAACGAGUUAAAAAAUUAAAAGUUAGAUUAAUUUUAGCUUUCAUUUUUUUUUUUUACAUUGACUUCAUAAUUUACUAGUUAAUUUUUAAAUUGAAUGUUUUAUUUUUAUUUUUUUGAAGGUUGUAGAAUCUAUAUUCUAAUUAAAUACAUAACCUCUCGCACUUAGCAUUGAUCGUUCUUAUUUUCAAAAAAAAUCACAAAAUAUGUUUAAUCAUUUUCACCGUGAAAAUAAAAAUCGAUCAAAAAACAACAAUAAUAAUAAUAAAUUAAAUGUUUUCAUUAACUCUUAACGUGUGAACUCGUCAACUUUUUCUCAAUUAACUUAACUAAAUUAAUAUUAUACAGUAAUUUGCUAAGCGUUCAACAAAAGUGUAUUAUUGCGAUAUACGUUUAUUAUAUAUUGCGAGAAAAUCAUUUUAUUAUGCAUAAUAAUAUCAUGUAUUUCUCGAGGGCACUGGAGGAUCCCGGAAAGAAUUUCGUCGGUGUCCUGUAAUUAACAAGUAGAUACUCUAGUCGCCAAACACUUUUCGAGCGCAGCAUGUCAGUCAUAUUAAAUAAUAAUAAUAUAUUACGUAUUUUUAUCUCACUGUCUCAUCGUAUCUUCCUAACGAGUGACAAUCUCCGGAUAAACACGAGAAAUAUAAGUAAUAACGUAUUAUUGUUAAAGCUGGACAAGUUGAAUAUAUAUAUAUAUAUAUAUAUAUAUAUAUAAUGUAUAUUUUUUCUAAGAUGGUCGGAGCGCAUCUAAUUUGAAUACGUUUUAGAUAAAUAACCGUUGGGAAAUUGAACAUUCUUCUCGAUCUCUAAAUUCAAUUUUUUUGAGUAUGUAUGCAUUUUUUGAACAAUUACCUGAGUUUUUUAGAAAUAAAUUUUAAAUGUUCAGUAUUGGAUAUCCCUAGAAUUAUGAUAUUAAUUUUGUAAAUUCUGUGAAAAUAUCGAAUUAUAUUUGUAUUCAUUUUAGGCAUACCAAAUUUUAAAUCGACUUCCCAAAAAACCUAAUCAAUCGGUCAACAAAACAAUGUGAACAUUGAAAACUAAAAUGGAGCAUUGAAAUGUAUGUCUAAUUUCCCACAGCUUAUUGGUCUAAAACGUCAUAUUCAUCAGAAAAAAAACCGGUAGUUCUCCUAUCUUCCACGUAAAAAUACGUAAUUUUCAUUCAAAUUAAUGCUAUACAUUAUUUUGAAAAUAAUGUUCAAGUGAAAAUAUUUUUCUAUAUGUUUUCGAUUCCGAACUAUUUCGUUUUUUAGCAUUUUGCUUUUUAUAAUUGGAAAUUAUUCACUCGACUUAAUUAUCGAAUAGUUUACUACUGAUAGUUACUAAUAGUUUUCUACUGGGUACUAUUUGCGUGAUUUUCAGUAUCCAAUCAAUCUGUAGUUAAACUACUCAGUUUUUAAAUUUGAACAUUAAACUAUACCGUGUUAUUAGUAGGUUAAAAAUCACGAAUUAUACGAUAGAUGUGUGAUAAAGUUAGUGCUAUGGUCCGGUGCAUUGGAAGGUAAUAAUAAAUUACAAAGUAUUUUCCGUGAAUAAGAAUUAAGUGGCAUUUAUAAUAUUAUUAAGUUCAAUAUUAAUCUAAUGAAUUCAAAUGUAGGUAUGAAGGACCGUCUGAUGUCAAAAUCUUAUAAUAGUACCUGGGUAUAGGGGGGGGGGUUAACUAGACAUUUUGUUUUUCAUGACCAAUAAUAGAAGGUCAUUAUGAAUUUUUAUUGGACUUGACUAUGAUGUAAUAAUUUGUACGUUGGUUACUUUGAAUUAGUUAGUCAAAAAAGUGCAUUUUAAUAAUACGCGUUUUCUAUACACGAUAUCGGUGUAGAGGCUUUCACGCAUCAAAAUCACAUUGUGUCCGUUUCGUUUUUGGUAAUCGAUUACGCGUUAUUCCGAGACGAGUUGUCACAAAAUGAUCGAUUGUUAAAACGUGAUCCGACCGAGUAUAGCUUGGUAGGUAUCUAUAGUAUGAUCAUUCCGGAAUCAGACAAACAUUUUGACACAUCGGCGUACGGGUAUGUGACCGAGUGGAAAAACAAACGAUUCGUUUUUCGGCGAGGUCGUCUCGUGAUUUAGGGUCUACUUCGGAGGCAACGGCACCGGUAAAAAUGAUCGAGAGUGGUCCGUUUUCACUUUCGAUCGGAAUGUCGGACGCGCAGAGCGGUAUAAGAAAAAAAAAAACUGAUGGGGUCAUUGUCGUCGUCGUUUUGCCGCCCAGACGUCUCGACUGUUGCGCAACUGCAGUAAUAACAACAAUAAUAUUAUUUUUGACUGCUUUCGGGCGGUGAUGCCUCUUCGGUAACAUAAACCACGUUAUGAGUUAGGUUAUAAUUAAUAAUAAUUAUCGACGGACACAUGGGUAAGUGCAUACGUACAAUCUGUUAUAAUACAUGAUGCGAUUUCGUUUCAAUAAUUUAUUUCGCGAGGGGAAAUUUCCUCACUUAUCCCCUCCAGUAUGGAGUCCCAUAGCGAGUCGUACAGCAAAAGUGUUAAGAAUAAUCUGAUUGGAGAUAAUAAUAAACGAAAAAACGCUAAAUACAGUUUUAUAAGGAGUUUUACUGCCUAUAUUUUAAAAUUUUGCAAAUACGAAUUGAGCGAGUUGGCUAUAUCUAUUAUAAUCGGAAACGGAGGAUUUUUAUUGUAGUUAUUAAUUAUAGAGAAGAGCGUUCAAAUUGAGAACCAAGUAAGACGUAUUAAAUAAGAUUACAUUACGACAAGGGCCAUAAAAAAUGUGAUUUCAAAUUUUCUACUGAAAAGAAAUACGGACGACAGAAACGGAUGUACGAACACUAUUUUUUUCGAAUUUUCCCAUCAAAGACGUUGUAAUAGAUAUACAUUACACACCUGUCGGGGAAAAACGAAUUCUCUCGUUAUACAUUUUACAUAUUUGAAAGUCGAGUCAUCGUAGCACUUAAACCGCGCUCAAAGGCCGUCAUUUCCUUAGCCUCAACGUGGAGCAGUACACCUAUAAUAUAUGUAUAUAUAAAAGACAACUCGAACAUGUUCGUCGAAACUUUAUUCUCACGCAUCUUAAAUUGCUCUGCAUGUGUUCGAAUCAACUUAAAAUACAAAUACGUUCACGAGCACGUUAUUAUACUUCAAAAUAUUUUAGAAUCCUUUUUCUACACUCGCUUUUUUCGCCGUUUGGUCCGAUUAUAUUUUGUGAUCUUCUCGACUUUCGCUCACGCCGAUAUUAUUACAGAAAUUACCUCACCCGCGUCGCUACAUCGUCUGUCAUAAGAAAUAAAGCCGAACACUUAACUAAUCACAAGCGGGUUCGGGGAGACGGCCACCACAACAUUGGUCGGAGAGGAAAGGGAAAUGGAUUUAUACGACCGACUUCGUAUCAUAAUAUUAUUAUAAUAUACGCGCGAAACAAAAUCGUAUUUGUUAUGAAUUCGAAACGGCCGAUGUUAUCACCGCCGUCGGUUCCGACUUAAAUUGCAGGCGUAUUUUGAAUUGCGACAGACCGGCGGCGAUUUUCUCGAAGAGAUUGUAAAAACCGACGACGAUGACGUCUUUGUCCAUUACCUCCCCUCAAUCCCCAAAGGGCGAUAAAAUCGUUUCGAAAACGACUAUAGUGUCCGAAAGACAUUUUUUUUUUUUUGGAUUUUACAUACCCGACGCCACCGCCGCCGCCACGAAGAUAAUAAUAUUAUUAUACGGCCUUUGGACGCGUACGCCGUUGUUGCAGACAGACGUGUUUUGUAACCAAGUGCUUCUGUUCCAUACAAUAUUUUGGCAUUUUGGUGAAAAUUGCUGUGAUUACACGCUGACGCGUCGUCUCAUUUGCGUAAUACCUUGUUGAUUAUAUUACAUUGAUUGUGUAUAAUAUAAUCAAUGGUAACAUAUAAAGACAGCCCUAAAUCUAUAUAAAACGGGAAUGAAAGCUGAAAUAUCUGUACGCCCCUCUUCCUCGUUAUAUUUACGAUUAGCUCUAAAUUUGGAAUAUUUUUACACAUCUUUACAGCGACGAAAGAAAAAAAAUUCUAAUGGAAAAACGUUUCAAAUAUUAAAAAAACUACAAGAAAAAUCGAAAAAACCCUUAUUGAAUUGAAUCUCGUAUUGUAUAAUUUUAUAUUGGAUCGAACUUUUAGCGGACACAGUAUUUUAGAUCCUGAGCGAAGCGAGUAAUGUAUUGGUUUUAUAAUAAUAUUAAUUUUUCUUUUCUGUGAACAGCUUUUCUACCAUAAAUCUUGCUCCUGUUUUCAAGUGUAGUACUUUUUUUGAAAGUAGAUCUGAUGAAAGUGGUACUUUAAGAAUGUAAUUUGUUGAUCUUCUCAGGCGUCUUCAUGAUAAAUGGGAAAAACCAGGGGAAAACGUAGGAAAAGUUGGAAAUUGUACGAAGUAUAUUAUAUUUUCAAUUUUGUUUUUUUAUUGUAAUUCAGUGAAAUAUAUUCGUAGAGACUUUGAGAAUUUGGAGAAAACUUAUAUUUGCCUUUUAUAGAUGUUGUUUUAAAAUUUUAACAUUAAAUAUUGACGAAAAUCGUAAAUAUAACGGCCCUUCAAAACAUGUAUAUCCGAACUCCGUUCAGUAUCGUUUUUCAUUAGCAAAGAUUAAUCGUCGCGUACGGAUAUAUAUUAAAUUUUCAUCUAUAUAUUACCUUUCUAACUUCUCGCCUACAACAGUGGCACACCCAUCGUGCGAAGUAUGUCCGUUUUUUUUUUUUUUUUUUUUUUAUAACCAUUUUAACAAUAUUUCUACGGACGUAUUAGAUUUUCGCCGUUUAACACGUUUGUUCAUUGGUCGAUUACCAUAGCCGAUUUUUUAUUUUUCGAUAAAAAUCGCUAUCGAAUCUAUACGCGCUAUCAGUCGCCAUUCAUGUUUGCGCGCCUAUGUACAGGUAACAAUAUUAUACCUAUAUCGUAACGUAACAUUCUACAUUUUUUUUUUCCAAAUCAGACACGUAAAAUAAUAAUAUAAUAAACGUCUCAGGAUCGUCCGGGGUUACCGUACGCCUAUAAUAAUGUAAAUUUAUAACGAUGUUACGCGCGCCUGCGGGCAUUGUCAUCCCGGACGACCGGUUUUCGUGUCCGCGUAUACCGCCGCCGUUCGAAAUUCGAAUGCUAUUUACGGCCGUCUCGAAAAUAAUAAUCAUUACGCAACUCGGUCGUCCGGACGGCGGACGAAGAUCCGCGACCCGGCCUCGGGCCCCAACGGCGUUUUAUUAUUAUUAUUCAUAUUAUUGGUCAUCGUCGGGCGGCCGCCGGCGAUAUCGCAAGAUUUGUAUCGCCGGAAUAAAUACAAUAUAUUAGUAUUAUAAUAAUACUAGCUGAAUUACCCGGCGUUGCCCGGAAACAAAUUCGUGACAAAUUAGAUAACGCCAUGUACCGUCUUAAAUUCAUAAUUAUCGAUAAUAUACAUAAUAGCAACCUAAUAUCUAUAGAUAAGCGCAUCCUUUCGGCACUAUUUGUGGAGCGGCCAAGGUUUGAUUUUCUUUUCUCGGGCAUAAUGUGACCAAUAAAAAAAGAAAUCUUUCAAAAUUAACAACCAACACAAAAAACUAACUGCCUAAAAACAAAACCAAUAACAAAAAAAUCCUUUAAAAUUAACAACUUACCCAAAUCCUAAUUAAUUAUUAACUAACUUAAUUAAAACUGCAUGACAAUUGGAUAAGAAGUGUCGAAGCCAAACCGUAACAAAGAUUUCCCUCUUUUGCUUGAUUUCAGUUUUACGCACGUCCGAACUGCUGGUAGUGCGCAGUGCAAAUAUAUGUUAUGCAAGUCCAAAUUAAUUCUAUAAAUAGAAUUUGUAUGCGUAUUGGUUUAUGUUANUGGAUAAGAAGUUUCGAAGCCAAACCGUAACAAAGAUUUCCACUUUUGCUCGAUUUCGGUUUUACGCACGUCCGAACCGCUGGUAGCGAGGAGUGCAAAUGAAAUGAACGUUUAAUAUUUUAUACGUUACGCAAGUCCAAAUUAAUUCUACAAAUAGAAUUUGUAUGUGUAUUGGUUUAUGUUAUCGGUGUGCAUUUUAUCGUUCAUUAUAAUAAAAUAGGAGUAUUGGCGUACGCGCGAUGCAUGAGAUUAUUUUCAUCGAUAAACUUCUCGGAACAAUUAUUCUUAUCUACACGACGACCGGACGACGGCGAACAAAAAGGAUAGGUUGCAGGUAGCCGGAGACCCACGGGCCGCCGUGCCGCGCAAUACGAAUUGGCGGUGAAUAAUUAUAAUCGUUAAUUACCCCACUAAAACGCAACAUUUUUGAAAAUCCCUCCUUACUGCGCGGUGAAAAUAUGAGAAGAACCCAUAUUCCAAAUUUAAAGUCCGUGCGUCACGUAGUUUUUGAGAUACAGCGAUCAGUCAGUCAGUGGUAUUUGGAUUUUAUAUGUAUAGAUUACCAUAACGCAACGAUGACAAUAAUAGGUACAGUACGAGCGUUGUCGUCCGGGCGCGCGCGCGACUCCCUAUAUAAUACUAUAAACAUCCGCCGAUAAUGCCCGAGCGCAUAUACCGCGUAAUAAUGUUAUAACAGUAACGACGUCCGUCGGGUUCCUUUCACGUUUUUUUUUUUUUUUUUUUCGUUUCUUCCAUAGCGCACUCACGCUCCGCGCGACCGAGGUACGGUUACGACCUUUGACCUGGCAGCCCCGACGGGAACGUAUACCUACCUACUGUACACGCAUAACUGUAUACGCGUAUAUAAGAUGUAAUCCUUUCGCUCGUUUCGACCUCCACUGCCGCGCCGUCGCCGUCGCCUCGAGGGAUCGGCCGCGCGCCUUUGAUCCGUACCGGCGUGCGGCGGCGACGGCGCUUUCUCCGCGACCGGAAAUCGUAACAAUAUCGUCGUCCCUGGUCGCACGCGUCUAGUUGUAGUUGUAUUGUUAUCGUACGGUUACGCGAAAAACUACAAAACCGCAAAACAGCAAAAAAAAAAAAAAAAAAAAACAAAAAAAUUAAAAAAAAAAAAGGCAAACAAAUAAUCCGCCGAUAAUAUACGUCUGUUAUUUGCGGUCUUAACUUUCCGUCCGUAAUAUUUCUAAAGCGCGAACCUUCUCGUUUUCCGCGGUUUUGUUACUCGCGUACAUAUAAACUCAGUAUUAUCGUAUUAUCAUAGCGUAAAUACCAUAAUCCAUAAGAAUAUAAUACAGAUUCGCAGGCGUCGAGUUAAAAAAAAGAAUGAAUGAUCGUCUUGACUACAGCUUUUGCGUCUGUUAAAAGCAACGUACAAAGACCGAUACAAUCGUAAUAAGUCCGAUAGAAUUAUCAACUACUGCAGGAGCGACUUUUAUCAUUUUAACAAAAUAUAACUACUGUUAUCGGUUCGAUAAUUUGAAGACCCGUUUUCGGUUCGAUAAAUAUUAGAAAUCGUUUAUUAUGAUUGUUAUUUUUUAAAAUAAUAAAUUACUAUCGAAAUUUCAACGAUAGAAUAUUAAUCGUUUCGCAGGUUUAAUAUAAUUUUACACUAUACACUCUUCAAUAUUUAAAUUUUAUUUCGAUGGCCUCGUUGAAGUAUUGGCAUACUUCGGUUACUUUUUGAUUUUCUUGUAUUUUUCUUAAUAAAUUGAAAAAAUGGUAAUUUUUAGUUUAGUUUUUGUUGAUUUCUAGGCAGUUUUGGCUCAGUAUCCUUUUUCGUUAGCAAUCGGUUUAUCGUUACCUACAGAUAUUAAUUAAAUUAUUCUAUAUUAUAUCGACCCAUUCAACUGCCUUCCUAAAAUAGUGGCACCCCCAUCAGCAUGUAACUAUCAGGCUUUUAUUUUUUUUUAUUAUUGUUUUUAGUAAUUUCGUAUGAAUACGUUUCGUAAAUAUUUGGGUUUAAAAAAUAUUGAAUAAUUACAAGCGGAAUAUAAAAUCACUGCAGUUGGAUUACCGGCCCGAAAAAUAACCCAACGCUAAUUAGUUUAAUAUUAUAAACAAAUGUCGUCUUGAGUGCAAUUAUUUGUAAACUCCCGCGAAAAAAAAACAAUUGUUUGCAAUAUAUUAUUAUUAACAAAUAACUAUAUGGAAAUUAUUUCCACGUAGUCGUAGGUACAAUUAAUAAUUACGCCUGGGGAAUCCGCGUUCAAUUUGAAAUUGAUAAAAGUUUCACAAACAUUUUGUAAAUCGUCCAAAAAACGAACGCGUAUUUCGAAAGGACAAUGUGAGAAUAACAUUUUAUAUAAUAAUUUCACAAUAUUUUGAUAAUUCGGUAUUCUCUGUUAAUGCAAUUAUUAUUAUUGUACGUGUGUACGAACACGCGGGUGACAAAUGAUUUGUUAACAUUCCAUUUUUAAACGUCUCUCACGCUCAAUGUGAGCAUCGCAAUACGUUACUUAUACUAUAUUAAUUUCGUUCCGAAUAGGUCCGAUCGUUUGCGAAAACUUGUCCUAAAAUUCUAACAACAUGUAACCGUUCCGUCGAGAUUCGAUAAAUUAAUUGUAUAACAGUUAUCGCACGAUUUUCAAUAUUUGUUGGCGUUAUGUGAUAUUUCAGUGAUUAUAUUUCCAGAAAAUUUCAGGAGAUUUCUAUAGAAAUAGAAAAAUUCAUCGUGUUGCAUAAUCAGGAUAGUCAUCAUAUUAUUACCACAGUCUAUACUUAUGUACAAAUACAAAUUCAGAAAUAUAUUUUUGGACAAAUAGUAGGUAUAGGGUCUAUUUUUCUUUCGUACGUCUCAUAGGAAAGAAAAAAAAAUCAUCUAUGAAUAUAAUCUCAAAUAUUCUAUUAUUAUUUCGGCUAUUUCACGAGUACACGUCAGAUAAAUCGGAACUCUCGAUUUUUACGCAAAACCACAUUGACAUCGGGUAGGUCAAAACGCAGAGGUGAACAAUUUUUUUUCGCUUAUUCUGUGGAAUUUUGUUAUUUUGUUAUCAUGGGCGAAGAAUGGGUUAAGGCCUUGAAUUGCUUUCACAUAUUGUUGCGGUUUUUGGACAUUUCCAACAGCGAUACAUUUUGAAGCUUCAAAAAUUUCUAAAAUAUGAGCAUUACAUCGUGUGAAAUCUCGGUUAUUGAUACGUGUAUUAUAAAAAAAAAAAAACAUAAAGAAAUCGAAUAAACGGAAGUGGAUAUAUACGGUCACAUCGGGUAUAAUACAUACUUUGUUCAAAUAUUUCCCUAAACAUAUUACAGUAUCUAUCGACAGAUUUACGAUCAAAGGUAAUUCAAUAUUGUAUGUUUUAUCCCGUGCGUUUUUUUUUUCUGCUGCAGCCAGUUUGAAGUACUAAUUGUAAUAAUUUAGUCUAACUGCGCGCGUGGAAAACAAAAACGGUGAUUGUUUAUUUUUUUUUUGUGCGCAUAAAUAAAUAAUAUAUUAUUAUGUAUUUAAGUACAAAGUUUUUUUUUUUUAAUCAGUUUGUAUACCGACGAUCACGGUCUCGAAUUUAACACUACCAGACGACGAUGAUGACGACAACAACAACAACGCUAUAGUUAACAAAACAAAAUCGUCGUGGCAUGUAUAUUGAUAAUCCUCACGCGGUUAUAGUUAACAUAUUUUCGGGAGAUUUCUCGCAAAUUUAUUUUAUAAAUUCACGAGAUAUUAAGCCGUUUUGUACGUUAUUAUUUUUAUCACGAACAUACCGUGGCGGCAAUCAGUUUUGACAAAAAGAUUAUGAUUUUAAUAAUAACAACAAUAUUUUAAAAAACACGACUUAACAAUAUUUCAUAUCGUAUUUACAUAACGGAAAACAACAGAAAUUUUUUCUGUUCAUUUCGUGUAAGUUAAACAAAUUAACAUAAUAUAUAUAUUUGAUAUAUUUGAAUUUAAACAUUUGCACAUCACUAUAGAUAAAAUAGAGCAUAGCGUAUAUAAUAUGCGUACACAUUGGCACCUAUACAAAUAAAACCGUUUCCGAUUUAAAAGUUCGAAUAAUUAUUGUCGUGAUAAAUCGAUAGUCACAUUUGAUACUACGUUCCUAAAAAAAAAAAGAAAAUAAACGAUUUAGAUGAAAAAAGAAAAAAAAAACAAACAUAUUUUUCAUCUAAUAAAUAAUCCUAUCACAUAAUAUUAUGAUUGCGAGCACGGGGGAAAUGUACGGACACUAAAAGUCCAUUAGUUUCUAAAAAUCGAUUUGUCGACAUUUUUCAAAACACGCGGACUGCAUUUGUAUUUUAUAUACGAUGAUGAUAUUAUACAUUCGUAUUGAAAUUACAAAUACAAAAAUACGGACAGGACAUAAAUAAUAUUAUAUAAUAUGGGGACUGGGUGUCGGUCGUUCGUCUCGAUUCGGAAGUCUGUGUAUUUUGGAUUGUCAGUAUAUUAAACAUUGUCUGAAAACGCAAUGAUAAAUCGAUGAAAGCGGAAAACGAAUGCUGUGACGAGACGUCAAAAAUGAGUGUUUUUGAGCUGAUUUUCGAAUUUUAAAAAAUAAUUGCGUGACCUCAGAUUAUACGAAUAAUCGAUAUUUAUUGAAUGGCAAGUAAGUUAUUUUUGUACGAAUACUUAGAAACAUUAUUAUUAACAGUAUUUUAUGAUUUAUGUGAUCGGAAAUACAAAAUAAAAAAUAGACUAGGUGUGAAGAUAUUAUAGAAAAAAAUAUUGAAAAUUUGACUAAAAUCAUUUUAAUACGGGAACGGUAAAAAACUUCGCAUGUAGUGUUGUAAAAAAAAUACAUUAUCUAAAUAAUGAUAGAGAAUAAUUAUUAAAACAACUAUCUAAAUCAAUGUUAAAGAUACAUAGUUAUUUAUUUGUCUAGAUAUAAAAUAGCUAACUAUUUUUAUUACUCAUCAGUUAUUAUGAAACUAAACACUGAAAUCGGUGCAAGUAUAAUAAACAUCUAGAUUUAAAAAAAAAAUGUGUACAUAUUUGAUCUAUUUUUUCUUACUCAAAGCUAUAAUUAUUUAGAUCACUUAAAUUUUAAUUUUAGAAAACCUGUUUACAACUCAUCUGGACAAAAAAAAAAAAAUAACCUAGAUCAAACACAUAAUAUACUGUUUGCGUUCGUCUCUUAUUUUUUUUUUGUACGUGUUUUAGGCCGACGGAUCGCAAGAGCUGCUGCAGCUGGACCCGGUCCUGCAGGACGAAGCUAAUGGCGUUAUUAUGAUGAACCAGGCGUCUGUAGCCGUGGCCAGCAGGUUCGUCCGGCAGAGCGGCUAUGGGAACCAGGACAACGGAUUUGAAAAGCGGGUGCAGCUCAAGGGAAUUCGGGUGGACUGUGGGGCGGCUUCGACUGGCGACGGAAUCAUAUCCGUAGAAAUCGAAUUCCUUGAGCCGUUCUACGGUAUCGUAUACAGUAAGGGCCGGCACGACGAUCCUCGAUGCAGGUAAGCGAGCGGAUACCAAACACUUGUGGCGUUUAAGGGACACGGGACUAUAACGCUUGUAAAUCUAUUUGAAUGUAAAUCGGAAUUGAUUUUCUAGUUGAUAAAUUAAAAUUUUUAACAAAAUAGUUGGUUAAAGUUGCUUAAUACUUUUAAAAAUUGGGUGUGUGUCGUAAAUAUAACGACUUUAAUCUAUAUACAGUUUACAUUAUACUUUAAUCACUUUAUAUGGUACUAUAUGGGAAUCAAAAUUCUGGAACAAAAAAAAAUUGAGUCAUUUUAAAAUAAAUAUGAACCAAAUAAUUGCAAUUGAAACUAAAAAUAAAAAUACUGAAAACUGUGAUGGCUGAAAAUGGCUGUGGAUGGGUACAGCUAUUGUUUUAAGUGAGAAAUUGGGAAGGUUAGGAUUCAGAGUUUUUAAAUUUAUAUCUAUACACUACGAUAAACCAUUGCUUACGAAAAAUGAUUCGGAGCGAAGUUUGGUAAGAGAUAUUUUGAAAUUCUGUAAAUGUACAUCAACUGGGAGCUGGCAUGGUUCAUACUCUUCUUCCUUAAUGCAAAUUUAUUACUCGAUAAUUUACGCCAAGAUGGAAUAUGUUUGUGUUUUCUAAGAUUUAAUGGGUUUACUCACUACGAAAGUCUCAAUUCGUAACAUUCAAGUUGCCUAUGCAUAGCUCUUAGAGUUUUAAAGUCUAUUCUCAAUGAUGCAGUUAAUGUGAAGUCACUUGUUCCUCACUGUACAUUAUAUAUCAAUGGAUAACUAGUAAAUUGCUUCUGAAAAAACCUUCCAUCACGCCAUCUUCUAUCAUUGAUUUUUAUUCUCUCAUCAGGUUUUAAAAUUUAACGACUAUUGGCUUUACUCAAUUUAUUCUAUAGGAUUCUUUUAUACUUUAUAACAUCCGUGUGUUUUUGUAUCGUUAUUUUAUAUAUUUUAUAUUGAGAUUUCAACAAAAAAAAACAAAAAUACAAAAAACAUCAACAUUUUGCAUAAAUAUUACCGGUUUUCUCCAUUAUUAGGAAAAUUACAAAGAAAUUUAAAAAAAUUAUCUCUUCGUUGCACAAACAAGGCAACAUGUGUUUACCAGAAACGACAGAAUUGAUCCAAAUUAUCGGAGAGAAAUGUCUGUUCAAAAAGUUUUCACAGGCAGGAAAAAAAAAUUAAAAAAAGAAAAAAAAAAUAUCAUAGUAAAACUAAAAUAUUAUUCACUUAUUGUCAGAAUCUAAAAGUUACCAGAAAAAAUUAUUUCCACAGUGAAAAAAAAAGUGAUAUUGUUUCAAUAGCUGCCACCAAAUAAAUAUAAAUAAUAAUAAUUGCAAAACAAUAAAAAAUACAAUUUUUUAUAUUAUGAUUAUUUAAUGGCCUUAUUUUUUGCUACCCUCUGUAAAUUCAUUUUAUUUUAAUUUUAUAUAAAAUGCCACCAUCUUGCGUAUAAAGAUGUGUUUUUAAUGUUUCAUAUACAUAUUAUUACACUACGCUUACUCAUAAACGUUUAACGGAAUUGACGACAUUUAUUUUUCUUACGAUGACAAUGAUAAUUUUAUCCUCGGCCGAAUACUUUCCCAAGAUUCGAAAAUGUCUUGGAUGAUAUUACCCCGCAGACAACGUUUAAUAUAACACUCAUCUAUUUUCGGAGAAAACGAUGCGAAAAGUGCUCGUAACCGCUAUAAAGCAGGAAUAAUAUUAUUUUUUCAACGAAAUGUAAUUUUUUUUUGUAGAAAACCAUUGCAAAAUAUAAAAAUGUAUUUUUGUUUUUGUUGUUUUUUUUUUACACUCACCCAUAUUUUUUAUAUUUUAUUCAAAUAUUAUUACUAACAAGAUUUAACAGAUCAUCUGUUUUAUUUAUAUUCGAUAUAAAUGAUGCAUACAUUGUUAUAUAAGAGUUAAUAAGAAAUAUAAUAACUAAGCUAAUAUUUCGGAAAAGACGGGGUAAACCAAUUCAUUAAUCUACUGUUGAUAGGUAUGUAUUUGGAAAUCCAAUAAAACAAAUAAAUAAUAUUCAUCAAAGGCAUUUGACGAGAAAAAUAUGGGAAAAUUAUUUAUUAUGAUUUACUAUAUUUUUUUAUUAUUUUUAUUUUGUAGAUUUGUGGAAAGCAAUUCUGGGAAAAAUAUUUAUCAGUUUCAAAUACCAGUGGAAGCUUGUAGACCUCCCGUAGCACAUGAUGGUUGUUCGUCAACCGAAGAGGGCGGUGGAUGUGACUUGGGAUCCGUGGAAAACACCAUAAUUAUCCAAUCGGAUGAUAAAAUUCAGGUUGUUAACAAUAUUAAAAUAUUAAUAUCAUAAUUAUAAAAUCUGUUUGUUCCAAUAUUGUUGUUAUUUACAGGAAGCGUGGGAUUUAGCACGAAAAGUAUCUUGUCCUUCAGAAACGAAACCUGGUACAGGUAAACGAGUUCGUUUCAAGCCUAUUGUAGUUGAUAUGUUAGAGGUAGUAUCUGUUUCGUCCGGUGACCAAGGCACAUUACAAUGCUGGAUGGAUAUACAAAGAGGACAAUAUCCAAAUGUGAGUAUAUAUUUAUCGAAAAUAAAAAAAGGUAAGUUGUUCUAAUUACAAAUAACUGAUUUUAGACGUCACCGGUAGACAAAAUAAUUAAAAUUGGAGAAUCACUAUCACUAAUCGUAUACGUAAAGAGUACAGACGAACCCUACGACGUAAAAGUAAGAGAGUGUUGGGCGUAUGAUAAUGACAACUAUGAAUCACCAACCACUACAAAUAUACAACUGACAGAUGCAACAGGAUGCCCUAAGUAUGAUGAUAAUGAAAUAUUUGACAGUUCUAAGAUAUAAUAUGUAUAAGCCUAUAUAAAAUAAGAAACACAAUAUUAAAAGUAUAUUAAUUUCUAGAAGAAAAAAACUGAUAUCCAAUUGGCAAAAGACACAAACUGUUGAAAAAAAUGGUAUAACUACUAUAGCGUAUACAAAUGUAACUGCAUUCAAAUUCCCAGACAAACAACAAGUAUUCCUCACAUGCAACGUUGAAGUAAAUAUCUACAAAAUAAAAAAAUUAAAAAUUUUAUUCUAAAACUAUACAAAUAUAAUUAUUAGUUAUGUUUGGGAAAUUGUCCGGAAGAAAAAUGUCAAUCUGCAUUGCCAGUUAAACCAAACAGACCACUUCCUCCACCAACAUCAUAUCCUACGCCAUCUACACAAGCUCCUCCAGUAUGUUAUCCCGGAUCGUAUGAUCCAAGGUGUCAAAAACCAUCCCCACCUCCGACAUCAUACCCCACCCCAUCAACACCGGCACCUCCAGUAUGUUAUCCGGGAUCAAGUGACCCAAGAUGCCCGAAACCAACACCACCACCUACGUCAUAUCCCAUACCAUCAACACCAGCACCUCCAGUAUGUUAUCCGGGAUCAAAUGACCCAAGAUGUCCAAAACCAUCACCACCUCCCACAUCAUACCCCACACCAUCAACACCAGCACCUCCAUUAUGUUAUCCGGGAUCAAGUGACCCAAGAUGUCCAAAACCAACACCUCCACCUACGUCACCGGCCCCAAUUUGCUUUCCGGGCUCAAAUGAUCCAAGAUGCCCAAAACCAUCACCUCCUCCCACAUCAUACCCCACACCAUCAACACCAGCACCUCCAGUAUGUUAUCCGGGAUCAAGUGACCCAAGAUGUCCAAAACCAUCACCACCACCUACGUCACCAGCCCCAAUUUGCUAUCCGGGCUCAAAUGAUCCAAGAUGCCCAAAACCAUCACCACCUUCCACAUCAUACCCCACACCAUCAACACCAGCCCCUCCAGUAUGUUAUCCGGGAUCAAGUGACCCAAGAUGUCCAAAACCAUUACCACCUCCCACAUCAUACCCUACACCAUCAACACCAGCACCUCCAGUAUGUUAUCCGGGAUCAAGUGACCCAAGAUGCCCAAAACCAUCACCACCACCUACGUCAUAUCCCAUACCAUCAACACCAGCACCUCCAGUAUGUUAUCCGGGAUCAAAUGACCGAAGAUGUCCAAAACCAUCACCACCACCUACAUCAUACCCCACACCAUCAACACCAGCACCUCCUCAAUGUUUCCCUGGUUCUUAUGAUCCCAGAUGUCCCAAACCAACUGCCCCACCAACUUCACCUGCUCCGGUUUGCUAUCCAGGGUCACCUGAUCCACGAUGUCCUCAAUCUUCUCUACCUCCAUCAACUACUCCUUCGUAUCCAUCCUCUACUACUGUAUUGGCUCCAAUAUGUUAUCCUGGUUCUCCUGAUCCUAGGUGUCCACAGAUAUCCGCUAUACAAACACCUUUUAUCUGUGUUUGCAAUAGUUCUACGCCUAGGCCUAUUCCACCUCCAUUAUGUUAUCCAGGAUCUACCGAUCCUCGAUGUACUUCACAAGAAACGGUGGUCUGCUAUCCGGGUUCCCCUGAUCCAAGGUGUCCAAAGUAUCCUUCUUCUACUCACGAACCACCUACUUAUUUACCACCUAUUGAUCCGGUAUACCAGCCAGGAAACGUUCAAUUCAUUCAAGAAGUUACGACACAGUAUCCAUCAUAUUUAUCUCCAGAUGAUAGUUUUGGUGGACAACAACAGCUCGAUAUUUUUAAUCAAGGUAAUAUAUGUUUAAUUAUUAUAUUUUAUACUGCCUGUCUUGAUAUUAUUAUAUUUUUAAAUUAGAUCAAAUUCAUUCGAAUUAAUUUUUUUGUUAUUUUUAUUGCAGCUUUAAAUGGCUUUAAUGUUCAAAGAAGGAAUGUAGAUUCCGGUAUUGAAAAUUUGAAAUUAGAACUUAAGAAUGAAAUUGGAAAUGAAAAUUUGGAUGCAUUGGACAGUUUAGGAGAUGAUUUGUUGUUUGAGUUACAGAGAGAUUCACUUUUAAAGAAGAAACGUUCAACCUAAUUGAUUGUGCCAAGUCAAGUCUGUAAAUAUGGCUUUCUAAAGAAAAUUUGAUUUUCGUGUCGAUGGUUAAACGUGUGUAACUUAAUUUUAUUUGCUCAAGAGAUAUUACGAAUGUAAAGCAUUGUUACCAUCUAUCGUUACCAUUUUGUAUUAGUUUUAAAUAAUAUGUUAGCGUCAUACACAUUUGUGUACAUCA